UCCCAACCCUAGGCUUGCGGCUUCGGAUCUUCUUCUUUGGCUAGGCACCGUAGGCCUAUUUCCAUGAAGCUAGCAAAGCGAGGCUCAGACUUCCACCAUUUAGAGAAACCAACAUUAAAGACAAUGAAUUUAUCCGGGAGUUCAGCUCCGGAACCCGGGAGCUCUUUUAGUGGGUGAGGCGGAGCUGGUGGCACUUCUGGCCUCCAACCGCUAGGGGUCACUGUGACAGCUGCGUGGCGUCUUGGGACCUGGGAGUUCACUGCGCAAGCGCAUUCCAGCCAUUCCUCCGUCCCCACGUGUGAAUCUUUCUGGCAACUUUUUCGAGAAAAAUGCCCAAAUUCAAGGCGGCCCGCGGGGCCGGGGCUCAGGAAAAACAUGCACCCCUGGCCGAGCAGAUCCUGGCUGGGGACGCGGUGCGGACAGGGGCCCGGGAAAAGCGGCGGGUUCGCGGAACUGGAGAAGAGGAGGAAGAGUAUGUGGGGCCGCGGCUGAGCCGACGGAUUUUGCAGCAAGCGCGGCGGCAACAGGAGGAGCUCGAGGCCGAGCAUGGGACUGGGGUCAGUACCGCAGCACCACGGGAACGCACCACGCGGCUGGGUCCAGGAGUGCCGCAAGAUGGAUCAGAGGAUGAGGAUGAGGAGUGGCCCACCCUGGAGAAGGCUGCCACAAUGACAGGAGUGGGCCACCAUGCAGAGGUGGUCGUGGACCCUGAGGAUGAGCGUGCCAUUGAGAUGUUCAUGAACAAGAACCCUCCUGCCAGGCGCACCCUGGCUGACAUCAUCAUGGAGAAGCUGACUGAGAAGCAGACAGAGGUUGAGACGGUCAUGUCAGAGGUGUCGGGCUUCCCUAUGCCCCAGCUGGAUCCCCGGGUGCUGGAGGUCUACAGGGGGGUCCGGGAGGUGUUAUCUAAGUACCGCAGUGGAAAACUGCCCAAAGCAUUUAAGAUCAUCCCUGCACUCUCCAACUGGGAGCAGAUCCUCUAUGUCACAGAGCCUGAGGCCUGGACUGCAGCUGCCAUGUACCAAGCUACUAGGAUUUUUGCCUCUAACCUGAAGGAACGCAUGGCCCAGCGCUUCUACAACCUUGUCCUGCUGCCCAGGGUACGAGACGACAUUGCCGAAUACAAAAGACUGAACUUCCACCUCUACAUGGCACUCAAGAAGGCCCUAUUCAAGCCUGGAGCCUGGUUCAAAGGGAUCCUGAUACCACUGUGUGAGUCGGGCACUUGUACCCUCCGGGAAGCCAUCAUCGUGGGUAGCAUCAUCACCAAGUGCUCCAUCCCUGUGUUGCACUCCAGUGCAGCCAUGCUGAAAAUUGCUGAGAUGAAAUACAGCGGUGCCAACAGCAUCUUCCUGCGACUGCUGCUGGAUAAGAAGUACGCGCUGCCUUACCGGGUACUGGACGCCCUGGUCUUCCACUUCCUGGGGUUCCGGACAGAGAAUCGCGAGCUGCCUGUGCUCUGGCACCAGUGCCUUCUGACUUUGGUCCAGCGCUACAAGGCAGACUUGGCCACGGAUCAGAAAGAGGCCCUCCUGGAACUGCUUCGGCUACAGACCCAUCCACAACUGUCCCCUGAAAUCAGGCGUGAGCUUCAGAGUGCAGUCCCCCGAGAUGUGGAAGAUGUUCCCAUCACCAUGGAGUGAAGAAAACAGUCACCUGUCCUGAUCGGAGGGGCGUGGGAAGACACCAGGUCCCCUGCUCGUAACUAAAGAUGAGACUGAGCUUUAAUGGGGGCAGACCCAGAUCAGAGCAGUGAUGCGUCACAGGGGCAUCUGUGGCUUCCAGCCUAGGACAAGGACAGAGGGCCUCACUGGCUCCUUCCUUGCUUCUAGGCCUACCUUCUGCUCAGUUCUGAGACCUGACUUGAGAGUGGACACCCCAGCUUUCCCACUCCCCAGCUGGGACUUGGUUUAAGUACUUGCUCUCUGGCUGUUGUCAAGUCACUGGGAUGCCAUAAAAACAGGCAGGUAUUUAUUGGA